GGUUGUCCUGCAUGGUGACGGCUGGUCCCAAACCAACUCAAUGGCGUCAGAGACACUCUACAAAGUAGGAGAUGGGGAGGAGGCCUUGCUGAGGAAGGAAACACUCAAUGUCCUGAACGCGCUCCAUCACAUGCCGAAGGCCUUUCCAAACCCCAAGUCUAUGAACAGGACCGUCACUACCAAAGGGCUCCCACUUUCCUCCAGGGGAAGUUUGCUUAACUUCUUGGAGGAUGCCAUCAAUCUACCGAAGCAGAUGCCAAUGGAGGAUUCUGAAUGCAGCUCUGAUGACACCAGCAUCUCCCCCAUGUCAUCCACCUUAUUGAAUCCCAUCAAAUUGGCCGUGACCCAGCCCAACAGCAGCUUCUUUGCAGGGAUGCUGGAGGGCGAGCUGAACAAACUCAGCUUCUCCUCGAUGGCCAAGAGAACAGAAAAGGGGGACCUGGCCCUCUGCCCCCAGUCUAAGUCCCAAAUAGCCCCUGGGGGCCUGCUGGACCUUGACAACCCCGAGGUGGACACAGACACCUCCUCGACGCCCUCAGAGUCCUCCGUGGUCAUGGAUGUGCCAGAGGCGCCCUUCAUCUGUGAGCACACAGUCAGCGAUUCCACGGCUGUGAUUUCCUGGACCUAUGCCCCAGGCAAGCAGCAGGUCAGUUUCUACCAGGUCCUGUUGCAGGAGGUGAUCAGGAAAAAUGACGAUGAACUGCCCAAGGCCAAGAAUCGCCCGUGGAUUUUCAACAAGAUCUUAGGCACCACUGUCAAGCUGAUGGAGCUGAAGCCUAACACGAGUUACUGCCUCACCGUCCGCGCAGCCAACACCGCUGGGGUGGGGAAGUGGUGCAAGCCCUACAAAUUUGCAACUGUGGCCACUGACUUGAACAGCUUCCCCGAGAACAACCCCAUCCAGAUCACGGUGCAGCGUAAGGAGCCCCAGCGGAAAACCGUGUCCAUCGGGAUAGAGGACAUGCGGAGGCUGGAAGAUCUGGAGUACCUCUUUCCCUACUAAGCGGGGGGACCCCAGGAAGCCCCUCACCUCCUUCAGCUUCGGCCCAGGGCCCUUGGGAACCAGAACCACGAAACGUACCACCAGCACCAAGCCAGGCAACCGCUGACCACCCUGCUGGCCCUGGGCCUGGUGGCAGUGGUCCUAGAACUCCACCCCUGGGCUGGGGCCGAGGCUAUGGGAGCUCCACUCACCUGAGCCACCGCAGGCCAGGCCAGGCCAGCCUCCACUGCCCGCAGCUGCUAGGCUUCCUUCCCCAGAUCUGGACUGGUCCAGGUCCCUCAUUAAAACCUGCAGGUCACCCAGCACCCCGCAAUUCUGCUUCACGCUACUGACAGCCUCAGGGGGCCGCUGCCUCCCACCCUCCUUGCUUCUGC